AUGGUGAUUGGAACACGUCAACACAGGUGGUUUGUUGGCUGGAUUGUACCGGACGGACUGAUCAGUCUUUUCGGUCGUUUCCUACCGGAUGCGGGGCUCAGAGGUGGUAGAAGAUGUGCUCGGAAAUCUGAAAACGAAAAGAAGCCCACUUUCUGUAUUUAUUUAUCUGCUUUUAUAUUUUAUUGUUUGAGAUUACUCUGCGAUUAUGGCCACAAUGGUUUUCCACUUCGUUAA